AUGAGGAUCCAGAAGAGGAAGGUCAUCCUCCUGGUGGAUAACUGCUCAGCCCAUUCCCAUGAGGCAAUCACAAUACUCAGCAAUGUAACACUGAGUUUUCUGCCACCAAACACAACAUCCCUCAUACAGCCAUGCGAUCAGGGUAUCAUUAGAAACCUCAAGUCCCUAUAUCGCCGACAGGUGGUCAAGAAGAUGAUAGAAGACAUUGACCAGAACACCAUGUCAGCGGAGGAAAUGGCUAAGAAGCUUACGCUGCUGGACACCAUGCACAUGCUGACCAAGGCAUGGAACUGUGUAACGGAAGUCACAAUCCGGAACUGCUUUGCUAAAGCAGGAUUCACAAAGGGGACCGUGCCGGAGAAACCAAUGGAGACCGCGCCCGAGAAACCAAUGGAGACUGCCGAACCCCCGUUAUCAAUGAACGCCAUCAGCUUCGCAGAAUAUGUUAAACAUGACGACGACCUGGAAUGCCUUGGGAUGCCAAUAGAUGAUGACAUAUGCAGCGACAUUCUACAAGAAGAAGAGGAACGAAGGAACCAUCUAGAAAUCAACAUCGACAAUGAAGAUGCUGAAGAAGAAGACGCCGACACGCCCAUACGACUCCCCAGAACUGCCAGUGACGCAAGAAAAGCACUAGAAGAAGUAAGAAAAUUCCUUGAGGACACUGGAUUUUGCGACUACAAAGCCUUCAACGGCCUUGAAAUAUUGGUUGAGAAAGUAGCAGAAAAGAGCAGACGACAAACAAAGAUCACUGGAUUCCAUAAUUACCAUACAGACAAACAGAAAGUCAUAGCAGACAGACAAACCGUUGGAUUAGAGCAGACAGACAAACAGAAAGUCAUAGCAGACAAACAGAAAGUCAUAGCAGACAGACAAACAGUUGGAUUAGAGCAGACAGACAAACAGAAAGUCAUAGCAGACAGACAGAUAGUUGGAUCAGAGCAGACAGACAAACAGAAAGUUAUAGCAGACAGACAAACAGUUGGAUUAGAGCAGACAGACAAACAGUUGGAUUAG